UUAAAAAUUCGUCACGAAUAGAGCUGUGUUUUGUUGAGUUCUUUGCGGUUGAGUUUAUGUGUAAUUGGAGAUUGUUGAAUGACAGUUGUAGUCGAGUUUUAUUCAAGUUUUGUCGUGGUCAAGUUUUGCCGUAG